UUUCUGCUCCUGGAAGCAGCCAAGGGGGGAAGCGGCGAGUCAACAUGGAGCUUUCAGCGGUUGGGGAGCGGGUGUUCGCGGCCGAAGCCCUACUGAAACGGCGCAUACGGAAAGGACGCAUGGAAUACCUCGUGAAAUGGAAGGGCUGGUCGCAGAAGUACAGCACAUGGGAGCCCGAAGAAAACAUCCUGGAUGCCCGCCUGCUCGCCGCCUUUGAGGAGAGGGAACGAGAGAUGGAGCUCUACGGCCCCAAAAAGCGAGGACCCAAACCCAAAACCUUCCUCCUCAAGGAGGGAACCCCCAGACAGGCCGUGGACCAGGCCCAGGCCAAGGCCAAGGCCAAGACUUAUGAGUUCCGAAGCGACUCUGCCCGGGGCCUCCGGAUCCCUUACCCUGGCCGCUCACCCCAGGACCUGGCUUCUACUUCCCGAGCCCGAGAGGGCCUUCGGAACAUGGGUCUGUCCCCGCCCGGGAGCAGCAGCAGCACCAGCAGUACCUGCCGCGUGGAGCCCCCUCGGGACCGUGACAGGGACCGGGAUCGAGAGAGGGAAAGGGAACGUGAGAGGGAUCGUGAGCGUGAUCGGGGCGCCAGCCGCGUGGAUGACAAGCCCAGCUCGCCAGGGGACAGCUCCAAGAAGAGAGGCCCCAAGCCCCGGAAGGAGCUCCUGGACCCCUCGCAGAGGCCCUUGGGAGAGGCCGGCGAUGGCCUGGGAGAUUACCUCAAGAACAGGAAGCUGGAGGACGCCUCCUCGGGGGCCGGAAAGUUCCCAGCGGGCCACAGUGUGAUCCAGCUGGCCCGGAGGCAGGACUCCGACCUGGCCCAGUGCGGGGUGGCCAGCCCCGGCCCUGCCGAGGCCACAGGCAAACUGGCCGUGGACACCUUUCCCGCCAGGGUCAUCAAGCACAGGGCCGCUUUCCUGGAGGCCAAAGGCCAGAGUGCCCUGGACCCUGGUGGCCCCCGGGUCCGGCAUGGCUCAGGCACCCCCGGCGCUGUGGGAGGCUUGUACCGGGACAUGGGGGCUCAGGGGGGACGGCCCUCUCUCAUCGCCAGGAUCCCCGUGGCCAGGAUCCUGGGGGACCCCGAGGAAGAGUCCUGGAGUCCUUCUCUGACCAACCUGGAGAAGGUGGUUGUCACCGACGUGACCUCAAACUUUUUGACCGUCACCAUCAAGGAAAGUAACACGGACCAAGGCUUUUUUAAAGAGAAAAGAUGAAUUGCUGGGUGGGUGAUCCCCGGAUCAGAGAGCAGGAGAGAGAGUGAGAGCGCAAGCUUGGCGUAAAUGCUUUUUAUUUCUGGGUGGGAGGCAGCCUGUGGGCUCCCCCCCUCCCCCCAACUUCACACAGCCCACCCCUUCAUUCCUCCUUCCUCCCUAUCAGUUUUGGUUGGAAGAUUAUUUCUAGAGUUAUAUUUUCUAUUAGAUGUAAAUAUGUUAUUUAAGAAAAAAUAUCUAAAUAUAUAU